AUGAAUGACGAAGACUGGAAGAUUGAGGUCCCACUUAAGCUGAAGGAACAAAUAACCUACCUAAGCCACAAGCUCCAGGAGGUUGCAGAUGCCGCCAUCAUUGUUCAAGAAAGGGUCCUCAAGUGCCCCACAAGAAAUGAAGUCUGUACCUUGUUGGAUCAUAAGGUCGAUCUGUCACUUGCAGACAGAGUAGAGUCGGAGGUAGGGGACUUCAUUCAGAGCACCCAAGCUUCCAUCGACAGUCUCAAGUCAUUUCUGCAAGAGAGCAUUGAGAACAUUAGAAAAGAUGUAGAGGCACUGCGUAGCGACAGCCAUAAGGUUCUUGAGUUUGAACAGGGAUAUAUGCAGCUCCAAAAAGAGACAGCAAGUAUUAAGGAACUAGCCAGUACAAUCCGCAGUGAGUCACGGAAGGAGAUUGACUCUCUACAAUCGGGGCAAGGAGAAAUACAGAAGACUAUUGCUGCCUUAGAAGCAAACCUCUCUAGUCUCAAGGGAGAGAUAGCAGACAUGAUGACGCAACAGACUGCCGCCAGAGACUCCUUUGAUGACCUUAAGCUGCUAUAUCAGCAAGAUGCAGAUAGGUUUUCCGCUGUUGCUCAAAGUAUUCGCUCUGAGGUAGAGUCAGCAGUGGCAGAAAUCCCUAAAGUGAUUUCAGAAGCACAACAGGCAGCGGAGCAGAGUGUGACAUCUCUGAUCAAGCAAGAGACGGAGCGGCGCGAGGCCGAUAUUCAAGGCCUUAACAAUACCGUGCAGAUGAUUAACUCAUCCAUUAGCCGCAUCGAUACAGCACAAGCAACUCUGUUGGGGUCCUUUGAGGAUAUGAAGUCAUCAACGCUUACCGAUGUUCAGCGAAUGCUCGACAACACCUCCAAGGAGCUUCGGCAGUACAUCGAUGAUACCUUCUUAGAAUUCUCGUCUCUCAAGGGACAGGUGCAGGAGAGCAUGACUGAGCAAAGGGCCGCCCUAGAUGACUUAGCAUCCUUCUCUUCGGUAUUUCAGCAGGCAGACACCCUAUGGAAGCAGCACUUUGAAAAGGUAGAAGAGGAUAUGCGCACACUGUUCCAAGAGCUCAAGCAGCAAAUAGAAUGUGACGGCGUAAAAGUUCAGGAUGCGCUUGCCACGUCAAUAAGCAAGACUACGCAAGCCCACCAGCUGCUUCUGAACACAGGUACCGUCUGGGAUACAGAAUGGAAGGACAGAGAGCUGCUUGUUGAUGAGACUCUGACACGGCUCCAUAGAAUUGUUUAUGAGGUAGAUGAAGCGGUUGCCAGUGAGACCAAUUCAAGGGCAGCAGAAUUCGAUGUCCUCAGAGACGUGAUGGAGAGGGCUUUCUGCACGCUGUACCACCAAAUCCAACUUAAGGCUGAUGCAGACCAGGUUCGUCGAGCUCUUUGGACGAAAGUAGAUAAGCUUGAUGUCUAG